CGCGUCAAGGGGAAAAAAAAGAAAAGUUCCUCCACGAGCGCGACGGUGACGCGCACCGAGAGUUGGGGAGCGUGUGAGUCCUGAAGGGCAAAUAAGAGACUGGAGAAAACGACCUUAACCAUAUCAAGGUGCAUUUCUCUGAUUACUAUUCCAUAUAGGCGCAUGUGCAUUGCGUAGCCUAUAUAUUAUGAAUAUGUCGAACAUUUAAAUUAUAAGAUCUCGUGUCUGACAAGCAAAGCGUCAUCAUAGGUGCAUGAUUUCACUGGUGACCUACAGUAGCACGGGAUGCGCCACACAAAGCAAAGGGUCUGAAAUACCAGACGGGAGACACAGAGACCUUCAGGAGGCUCAUUACAUCGAUUCUUGAGGAUAUAUUUAUUUGUUAGCGGAUAUAUGUUCCUCUGGACCAUAAGGACGUACUCUACUUCCACCGGGAAUUCUGCUGCGAGGGAGCCGGUAUAAAUGAAAUGCAUGGAAAACUCUCCUGUAAAAUAACAUAGCCCAUUGGGAUUAUUAUAGCUAGUUAUUUAUAAUAAAUUCGUCCUACGGUCAUCUGGGCAUCUCAAAAGCCUUUUUACUCAAGGAGCCCGUGUUGUGUCCCUUUUUAAAACUUAUAUUUCAUUUUUGUUUCUUUUAUCGUUAAACCAUGACAGGAAUGACAAUUGCUCUGUUUUUUGAGAAUCUACUGAGUAAAUUGUCACUGUUUGGAUUAAAGAUGUUGGAUUCGGAUGUGAAAGUGGAAUAAUCAUUCAUAGAGAAUUACCAACUGUAUACAGGACUGGACGUUGGACCUCUUGUUAUAUUAUUCACUCAACUAUUUCGGACUUUUCUUGGUGAACUCAAACAAUGGGGAUCAAACUGAGAGUUAUUCUGGGAAUGUUUCAGUUCGUCUCACUUGCCAGAAUACCCACACAAUGUGCCAAGACACCGUCAGACCACUGGAUGCCAACAGAGAGCCACAGGUCUGGAGAAGUGGUGAGGUGGUUGGAUGUGUAUCAGAGAAGCGGAUGUCAUCCCAGAGAGACGUUGGUGGAGGUUUGGCGGGAGUUUCCUUGGGAGACGCAUCACCUCUUCCUGCCGUCGUGUGUAACGCUGCGCCGCUGCGGAGGCUGCUGCUCCGAUGAGGCGCUCGAGUGUGUGCCAUCACAAACACACACACUUGUAAUGGAGCUCAUGAGGACCUCAUACAUGAAGCAUGACCUUGUGCAGCUGCCUUUCAUUGAACACAACCAGUGUGAGUGCAGGCUAAAAGCAAAUCUUUAUGCAGAGCCAACCAGGCAAGGCCCACAGACAACCAGAAGAGGCAAAAAGCGGCAAAAGGGGAAACCAAAACGAAAGAAACACAUGGGGAAAAGUUCAUUGUAUGUUCCUCUUACACAAAACAGGAAUCUUGUGCCAACUACACCCCCUCCUCCUCCCCCUCCUGCCCUCCCGCCUAGCUCCGCCCCUCCACCACCUGCCAGAGAGGUGUGUCCACCAUGCCCCGCCCACAGGAUGACAUCAAAGCCUCCCUCUUGCGAAUGCAGGUGCAGUUUGAGGGAGGUGAGCUGUACAAAGAGAGGGAAGACACUCAACGAGCACAGCUGCCGAUGCGAAACCCAAAGUGAAUAGUGAAAUCAAACCACCCGUAUAAUCCACAGAUCAAACUUUGCACAGCUUUGAGGAGGUCAAAGGUUUGCUUAUUCUUUUGUCAUGGACUCUGAAGUUUUGGGUCUCACCCAGAAAGAGGGUUUGCGCUUGGGAAAGACCCACCCCCUGGCCCAUCUGGCUACGUCCCACACACUAUUUCAGCAGUAUUAGAUGCAUAUACAUUCUGUUUGCACUGUAUAUCCACUUCUGUACCGUGUGUAUGGAAUACAUCAGAUCCUAUUGUUGAGUUUAGGAAGCUUUUUCUCCACUGUAAACCAAUCUUCAGAUCACCUUUAACUAUUUGACAUUGUGUUUGGUUAAAGUUCGGUGGGUCAGUCGCUGGAAUAUGAGCCAGUCGUGGAGUUCUCAUUGAGCUUUGUCCAAAACCAAUUCUGGGAUUUUUCUUUGGCUUCAAUGGAUCCUCAUAGGCACGCACACGCAGCUAGUGUAAUGCUAAGGACGACAAGUGUGCUUAAAAGGAAAAGAGAAUAAGGAAGGAGUCUUUUUUUUUUGACAAAACUACUUAAGUGGAGAGUUUUUGAUGGGAUGGAUGUUGACAGACCUUCAAUGUUGAGAGAACUCAAGUGUCUCGCUACACAAACAGAGUAUCUUAUCCUAAGAACGUCCCCGAUGUGUCCUCUGACCCUCUGCUUGCGUUAAAUGGUUGGAUGGGUUGAUUAGACGGAUGGACGGGUGUCUGUGUGGUCUGAGUGGUGAAUAAUAAGGAUCUGCUCGUCUAUCCUAAUUUAUUCCUAGCCUCUAUAAGUCCAUAAUGUGGCUUCACAGACUGUAUCAAUGAGCCUUUUUGUGUUUGUUUGAUUUGCUUUUUGUUUGGUUCCUUCCUUUGGGAAUUGAAAGCUUUUCCCACUGGCUAGCCAGUGAAGGGAAUGCCAAUAGUAUAGAAACCUGGCUAUAUUCAAUUGGUGCUCACCAAACACACGUCUUCUCUCUCCCACACCCCCCGAUCACACUCAUUUUUCGUCUCUUUCUUUAUUCUUUUCACCUCGUCUGUCUCUUUUUUAAAAUUCUUUCUCCCUCACACACAAACACUCAUGCGUACACAUACAAAUGCAAGCAGGUAAAUAUAAGCUUUUCUGUGUUGAUACUGAAAGAAGAAUUUAUUUUAUCUAUCUUAUUCAUUUUGUAAAGAAUACUAAUGUUAUUGUAGUCCAUUUUAUUUUAAAGAAUGUUUCUUUGUUAAUUCAACCAAUAGAAUCAGGCUGGGUGGCCGUCAUAGACAAAUUCGCAGUCUCGACUUUGAGAGCACCCGGCAAGCUUCAGAAAAGGGAAGGGCCCAUUCUGUGUGUUAAGUUUUUCUUUAUCAUCUCACAGGAGUGGGAGGAUGAUGUAUUUAUUUUUUAUAUUGAGAUGCAUUUUGUAUUAUGCUUUGCAAUGUUUCUUGUGGGACAUUUAAUUUGCUGCGCCUGUAAUGAUCCGAGAAUAUUGAGUAUUUUUGCCUGAUUUCUUGAGAAAUGUUGAGGACUGUGAGUUUCCCCAGCUAACAGGGAACUCUCAAAGUUAUGAACAACGUUCGUCCAGUUGCGUUAAUAGAAUGUUUGUUCAUAGUUAUCAGGGGCCGGACUUACGAAACAUUCUUAAUAAUAAAACUCUUCUUUACGGCCAAUUAUUUUCUAACUUAAGAAAAAAGAUAAGAAUAUUUUGUAUUCCCAAAAAAAAUCUUUUUAUUAAGAAGACUUUCAUGAAUCCGGUCCCUGGUCUUCAAUAACCAAAAAAUUAAAUGAAAUUUAAUAAUCAAAA